CUGGAUUAGAUUAUUUAAAUAUAAAAAAACUUAAGAGAUAUUAAUGAAAAGCUGAACAAGCUAGAGUUAGUUAAGUAUUAUCUUUUUUUAUUAAUGAUGAUUGUAAACGAAUAACUUUUUAUUAUUAAUAACAUCGUGCAAAGACGUCAACUGCACUCAAAAUAUCGAACAAAUGUUGAAUACAAACAAAACAAUAAACUAAAAUAUUUGAAAGAAUGUUAAGCGUUAAAGAAGCUGAAUGCGUUGGUUUUGAUUCCAAAUGGAGAGUAAAAAAAAUUGCGGCCACAAGUUCAUCCCAAACCGAUGAAAUUUUGAAACAAAAUUCCGAAACGAACACAAGUGAGAAAAAAUCAAUAGAGACCCAAACGGACGCACCGAGAAUUAACUAUGAUGUGAAAUAUGACGUUAACAAGUUGGGUAAUUUUCUGAAAAGAAUUUACCCAAAAUUAGCAGCUGAACUCGAUGAUGACAGCUCUUCAAGUAUUUUCAAAAAUUAUUGUCCAUUCGACGAACCAAUAUUUUCAAAAGCAAAAAUAGUUCAGACAGUUAAUGUCAAUCUGGAAGUAAAGGACAAUGUGGCUUCAAGAGUGAAUUCGUUAUCUUGGAAUAGUACAGGUAAUACUAUUGCGGUUAGUAGCGACUAUCCACAUCAAAACUGGUGUCACCAUUUUGGAUUUGUUUCGCUGUAUACAUUCGACAGAUAUGAAAUGUUCCCAGAAAUACCAAGCAGAAAAGUAAAAACUGGCGCUUGUGUAAGAGCUGUGGCUUUUCAUCCAAAAUUGCCAUAUAUUUUAUCGGCUGGAACACAUACAGGAGAUAUUUAUUUAUGGAACAUUCAACACGAUGAAAACGAAAUGUUAGUCGAUAAAAUCGUCGGUCAUGAUGAUUCAAUUACUGGCAUGCAAUGGAUUGUCAGAAAUGAUAAAAAUGAUGACAUGGUUCUUGCUACGUCAAGCACCGAUGGGUUUAUUAAUAUGUGGAAAUUUAGUAGUAAAGCUCACCAACUAAUUCUAAAGAGAAAAUAUAAAAUGAAACCUCCUAUUCUACAAAAGCAACCCGAAAUGACUCUCGAAACUGAUUUAUGUAAAAGCAUUGGGCCGGGAAUUUUGGGCUUUCAUUUUUCUUAUUUCACACCAGAAAAGUUUGUUGUUGCAGCUGAAGGGGGCAUAGUGGUACAAUGUUCCACGCUCGGAGCUCAAACAAUUAUAGGAACCACUGGGGAUACCGUUCCAAUACUAAACCCUUGUGUUUUGUUUUGUGAACCACACAAUGAUCAAAUUACUACAAUAAAAUUUUCUCCUAAUCACAAGGAGCAAUUUUUAACAAAUAGCGUAGACGGAGAGAUACGAAUUUAUCUACUGGAACAGGAUACACCAGUGAGAGUUAUAUGUUUGAAAAAGCCACUUUCGGUGGUAAACUGGGUACCAUAUCAUGAUAAGGUAAUAACCGGAUGUGGACGUUUUGGCUUGGAAGUAUUUAACGUAAUAACCAGCGAAAAAUACGACGAUGUUUGCGAAAAUGAAGUAGACGAACUCACGCAUAUGGAAAUUAAUUCAAAACGUCCUACUGUAGUUGUUAGUGGAACUUACGACGGUAAGAUGAACUUAUGGUCUAUACCGUGGGCAUCUUUUUCUAACUCUACAAAUUAAGCUAAUACUUUUAUAUAUACAUUUUCGCUUUCUGCAUGUUUAUAUAAUAUACAAAAUUGUGAAUUAUUUACAAUA